GGAAACUGAACAGCAAGAGCUCUGAGCGCUUCAUAAUGGCAUUCUCGACCACAGCGCUGCAUAGCAGGGUGACCCUGAUCCUGUGUGCCAUGGUGCUCCGCAGUAUAUCUUCCCAGCACCAUGACACUGUGACAGCGCAAUGUGGAGAUACAGUGAGCCUUCCCUGCAGAGCCAUCGAGAGGAACAGCCGCUACCGGACAGCCACCUGGUACAAGAUGAACUCCACACACCAGACUGGCAUUCUCCGCAACGCAGGCAGCAAGGUGACCCCCUACAUCCUCUUCAACAGGAAGGCAUCGCUGGGGGAGCGAGAGGCACUCGUCCUGCCGGAUGUGAGGCCCGGGGACUCAGGGACAUAUCAGUGCUACCUCUCUGCACAGCUGGGGGGAACCAACCAACAAACAAGCAUCCAUCUGGAGGUUCAAGAGUGUGUGACUGCCCUGUCCACCUCUCCUGUACAGUGGGUCUCCAGCGCCACCCUGAGCCCGUCUGGUAACACCACUGCCCGCUGUGAGCUCCAGGUGACAGAAGUGUCCAUCAGCAUGCUAGUCGUUGGUUUUGCUGGUGUGGGUCUGAUUAAAGUAGUGCUGUCAGUUUGCAUCACAGCGGGGUGUCUCAGGGUCUUGGAGAGAAGAAAAGAGCGCUAUGACAGAUGCCACUGCUGCAGAUAGGGGUCUUCACACCAGCACAGACUCCAGUGCAGCCCCACAAGCCUCAACGCCGGGGAACGUCGCCGGUUCAAAUCCAUGAGAAGGUCCUGUGGAUCGGCUGAAUGCCAGUAUGAGUUCUCGUGGUCUUGUUGAUCAUGGAACUGAUAGGGCUCCCACUUUCCCUGCAAUAAGGGGCAGAAAAACAGUGCACAGGGUAAAAAAAAAUGUUCCCCCAAGCUAAGAAAACCAGACAAAACCUACUUUAUGAGGGCAUAGGCCAUGCCCCUGUAAUGUAUAAACAUACAUUUAAAACAUAAAAUAGAGAAUCAGGACUAUUUACCCAAAUGUUCUUUAUUAUAGUGAUCCAUGCCUCUCUGGAGUUUAGAAUAAGAAAUGUACACAUUAGGGGAGCCAAUGAAAAGUCCUCAUAAACACGACAAACAAACGUGUGUGUAUGUAUAGUCUUCAAACCAUUGGAGGACAAAAUUGGAAAAAAUGUUUCCACAAAGAUAUACACUGAAUAAGAAAGUAAAAUAUAAGAAAUAGCUAAAUAAAUCUUAUUUAAAAUCUAGUCUUUUGCCCCUGGUUUCUAUGGCAUUAGGAAUUAGGAAUCAUAAAUACACACAAAGAUAGCAAUACAAACGUGUGUGUGUGUGUGUGUGUGUGUGUGUGUGUGUGUGAUACCUGCUCUAAUCCAGCAUCUUUCAUGAGCAGUACAUUCGCUUUGAACACAGAAGACAAAAUCUGCAAUUAUUCACAGCAAACGCAUGCACAGAUCCUUGAUAAUGGAAGGCAUGUACAUGUACAUGUUCCAUAAAAGAUUUGUUUUACUGUUUCUUACCUUAAAACUCCCGGAUUCUGUAAAAGCUGGUAUUUACCAUUUUUUACCAAAAAUUUGGCCCAGCUCAGGCCCAUGAAAAAAACAAAUUUACGUCAAGAAAAUUAUAUUGAGUAGAUAUAUUUAUGUAUU